AUGGCAGAGCUGCAAGAAGCAAACAAGCUGCACGGGAAUGUGACGACCUGUACUGGACGAACCCUGCGGCAUGGCAUUGAAAACAAGCAUUCAUGGGAUCGGAGAACAAUCCGAGCGUAUAACCAACCUCUCAAGGAAAACGCUGGGUUUAUACAUCUCCAAGGUUCUCUGUUUGACUCUGCCAUUAUGAAGACCUUGGUCAUUUCCGACGCUUUUCGAAAACGGUUCCUGCAAGAUCCUGGGCAUCUGAACACGUUUGAAUGCAAAGUCAGGGUCUUUGAUGGACCGGAAGAUUAUAACCAGCAUCUGGACGACGAAGCCCCGGGCGAAUCUGACCAAAACUUGGUUCUGGUCAUGCACGGAGCAGGCCCCGUUGGCUAUCCUGGCGCCCCAGAAGUGGUCAAUAUGCACGCUCCCGCCAGCCUGCUCAAGCUGGGGAUCCGUGAGCUGCCCUGCAUUGGCGAUGGGAGGCAAUCAGGAACAUCGGGCUCGCCCUCGAUACUCCACGCCACGCCGGAAGCAGCCGCCGGGGGCAAUCUUGCCAUUUUGCGCAACGGCGACAUGUUGCGCAUCGACCUGGAUGCAAGACGCGUGGACCUCCUCCUUACCAGUGAGGAAAUACAGUCCAGGAGAGCAGAGAUGGAGGACAAGAUUAAACAACUGACGCCAGAGUGUCAGACGCCUUGGCGAGAUAUCUUUCGGAGGGAGACGACCCAGUUGGACCAAGGAAUGGUGUUGAAAAGGGCCGUGAAAUAUCAGAGGAUCGCGGAUCAAUGGCCUCUGCCGAGGCACAAUCACUAG